UGUGAUUAAUAUUUAUGAUCCUGCCUUCACCAUAGUAGGCUUGAUACAUUCGUGGGCGGGCUAUACUAGAAUAGUCUGCAGAACAGUAUCUUAGGUGAUUUCUAAACGAAAUCAACACAGACCCACUAUAUUAGAAGAAAUGGAGGACACAAAGCCUGAGGAGACGAAUGUGGAGGAGCAGAAAGAUGAGGAGUAUAAGAUCUGUCCAGAGAAACUGGAGGAAGCCAAACUGAAGUCCAAAUACCCUCACUUGGGUAAUAAGCCUGGAGGAUCCGAUCUGCUCAGAAAAAGACUGCAGAAGGGGCCAAAGUACUUUGACUCAGGCGACUACAACAUGGCGAAGGCCAAGAUCAAGAACAAGCAGCUUCCAGCGGUGCAGACAGAGAAGACCGAGAUCACCGGAGACCACAUCCCCACCCCUCAGGACCUGCCACAGAGGAAACCCUCUCUGGUGGCCAGCAAACUGGCUGGCUGAUACCUGCUGCUGUCCUUCACUCCACACUCCCAAAUCCUAUCUCUUCAUCCAUUUAUCUCUGAUACUGCAUUCCUGCCCUCAUCCUCUCUUGUUUCCUGUCCUCUGAAAAUACACUGAAUAUUCAAGGGUUGCAGAUGUUACAGAGCUGUACUGCCACACUGUGAGAUGGGUUGGGUCGUGGCUCCAAAGGGGGGUGAAGUUCUCAAAAGUCUUCUGAUAUUUUUAAUGUGUCAUAGUAUGUAGUUGAAAGUGUACAUAUUUGCUAGUGAGUGAGGGCAAACUGCAUUUUAGAAGAUGUUUUGCAUUUUAAUUAUAACCAUUCCUCAAUUACCCAUUGCUUAGAGGACAAGGUCACCCAAAAAUGAAGAUUCUGUCAUUUACCCAUUGCGCAUGACUUUAUUUCCUCCAGUGAACGCAAAAGGAAAUGUUUAGUGGAAUGUCAAAGUUGCUCUUUUUCAAACAAAGAAAGUCUAUAGAGGGAAAGGGUUGUAGAGCUCCGGGAAUUACAAAAAAUUGUACUUUAAGUAGUUCAUACAACUUGUUCCAACCAUGGAGGUUCAACGAGAUACGGACCUCUGCAUUUUUUCUAGGUGUAUUAUAAAAGUUGUUAAAUAAUUGCCUAAUAAUAACUGUACUUUGUUGCAAAGAUGUUGUACAAUGCCAAGAUAAUGUACUUACUUAUCUGAGCUGCACACACAGCACUCAUCAGUAUCAAAAUGACUUAGAUGGCCAAUCAAAUCAGAGAAGGCAUUUACUGUUUACAGAAGCCAAAUGUGAAUUUCAGCAUGGAGCUUCAGUUGUAACGGACAGAAAGUCAGGUGUAACUAGGUCAGCAUUUGAUAUUUGGCAACUGUGUUGCCAUGCUUUUAUCUUGUGUCUUCUGAAGCCAUACAAUAACUUUGUGUGUGGGACUGAAAUUUUUCAUUUUUCCAAAUAAGUGCUUGCGCUCAAUUCAAAACAUUCAAAUGACGCAUUACAAUUAGUCACGAGAAAUUGCACAACCAAUGGCUAUUUGAUGCUGAUGCAAAAGCACCAUACAAAAUAAUGUUUGAAUAUGCAUAAGCGUAAAUGAGAUUGAAAGCAUUUUCAGCAAAUUACAGCUUAAGUUAUCACAUAGCUUCAGAAGACCUAAUAUAAGAUCCAAAGAAAGUCACGUGCGGUUGGAAUGACAUAAGAGUAAAAAGGAAAUUGUGCUAGAAUUUUCUUUUAGGGGUGAGCUUUUCCAUUAAUCAUGGAGUUAAGUGCUUGAAUCGAUAAUGAAUUGAAAGUAAUCUCUAAUAAUGUGGUUGAUUUGCACCCUGUUUCUUUGAUGAGAAUGCUUGUUUCUUUUUGUCAUGUUUCAGCUUUAAGUGGAGGACACUUGGUUAGUCAUGAUUGAUAGCAUGUAAUGCAGAUCUCUGAGACUGCUGUCAUUUUGUUUUGUACCAUAGAGCUUAAAGCCUUAUGAUGAUGUAGUGCCAAUGCACAGAUUGGCAAGCAGUUCUGUAACGCCACACGUUUCUUUCAUACGUCACUUGUGUCUGGUUGUAGAGUCCAGGCAGUGAGGAUGCUUCUCCACCUUCUGGUGUGUAAUAAACUCCAUGAGAUCUCC